ACGCUAUUGUAAGUUGAGUUGUGAAAACAUUUUCCGGUGUUCACUUCGACGGUUCAAAGCAAAAAACAAAAAAUGAAUAAUCGCACUCUCUACGCCAAAUUGCUAAUCGCCCUAACUCUCUUGGUCGCUACAACCAUACAAGAUGACAGUGACGACACGACCGAUGCGCAUACGCUCCAAUUGGUGCGCACACCACGCAUAGUGAAUGGCAACAAUGCGGUACCCGGACAAUUUCCUUACGUUGUUUCGGUACGUGUAGGUGGACAGCACAGUUGCGGUGGCACCCUAAUUUCGCAAAGGAAUGUCUUAACUGCAGCGCACUGCGUUUACAGUCUGCCAGUACAGUUCCUAUCGGUGCAGGCCGGUUCAAUAAAUCGUACGGCCGGUGGUGUUGUCGUUGAUGUUGCAUCAGUUACCACGCAUCCGAAUUUUUUCGAUUACAAUAACAACAUUGCUGUGCUUAAACUUGUAACCAGUCUAAAUUUCACCAAUCUCAUACAACCGAUUCCGAUCGCAAGCAUGGACGUGCCCGAUGGUGUGGGUGUUAAUAUUGCCGGUUGGGGACGUAUUCGAGAGGCUGGCAUACAGCCCGAGAUCCUACAGUACAGUCGUUCGCUGCGUACGUUGGGUUAUGAGGAUUGUGCUCGUGUAGCCGCACCGACUAGUCCGACCAUACUGUGUCUAGCCAAGACUUACGGUAAUGGCAUUUGUGGUGGUGAUGCUGGUGGUCCCGCUAUUUACAGGGGUAUACUGGUUGGCAUUGCGAGUCAUCAUAUCUCGAUUUGCGGUGAUAGUACGCCCGAUGGUUACACUAAGGUGUCGAAUUUUACAACUUGGAUAAGUGAAAAUUCAUGUUCCGCCACUGUAUCCCCAGUAUAAAUGGAGAACAACUGAAAAAUCUAAAAACCAAAUAUAAAUAUACAAUUGACAGCAUUAAAACGAA